AAAAAAAGCUUUAAAAACCUCCAAGCCCGCAGUCUGCAAGUCCCAACAGGAGUGGUGAAAUUACAGCCUUUCCUGCAGAGGAAGACAGAAAGGCCAGCUGGCUCCAGGGUAGAAGUGGCAGUAGCGGCAGCAGCAACAAGCUUGAUUGAAUACAGCCGUCUUGGGAUGCCCCAGUCGUGACACUGGAUUUGGCCCAAGUCUCUACAGCCAGCCACAUUCCAGAGAGGUCCGGGUACCUCUUGACUUUGGCAACCCUCGAGUUACUUGCUCUGCCAAGAAAGGAUCCUUUGAAUCAAGUAAAGAGACAGUGCCUUGAUCUCCCCAGCGAUGGGCAUUCGGACUGCCAUGGUCUGGCGCCAAGGGUGAAUUUGGGCGCAUCUGAAUAUUCAGGCAUCCAGACACAUGGGCAGCAUCGGUGCCAGGCAUGCUCUGCGAAGCAUAAGGUGAGUCUCUGUCGCCUUUGAAAAUUGGCAGCCAAGACUGUUGAGAUAGUUCAAACAGCAAAUUUCCAGGGGGAAAUAGUCACUUUAUACUUUGAGAGGCUGGAUGGUCAAUUGUGGCCCCAGCUUUCAUAGGAAACAGCCUACUUUGUCAGAUGCUAGAAGAGGUGGUUUGAGAAAGAACUGAGAAAACCGUCAAGAAACCCCAACUAAGGAGGGUGUUUUUGGUUUUGAUUUUUGAUUUUUGGCAUUGAGCUAAGAGCAGAGGCGAAAAGGUGGGAGGAAAGUUUAAAGAUGUUGGUUUCCAGAGGCUGUGACUGGCAGAGUGCUUCUCCGUUUGCAGCUGGGGGCCUUGGCAUGCGGAGGGCCGUGGGCUGGCUCUUCUUCCUGCUCUUUGCCCUGGAGCAUCUCUGCGCCACUUUUGCACUCUCUACUUGCAAGACCCUGGACAUGGAAAUGAUGAAACGCAAGCGGAUUGAAGCCAUCCGGGGCCAGAUCCUCAGCAAGCUCAAGCUGUCCAGCCCGCCUGAGGUGGAAGACCCUGAUUCGCGGGUGUUGUCCGAAGAGAUUGUGGCACUGUACAACAGCACCUUGGAGGUAAUCCGAGAAAUGACGGCUGAAGACCCAAAGGAGACCCCUCAAGAAGAGUACUAUGCCAAAGAGGUGCACAGGUUCAAUAUGCUGCCAGCGAAUCACGAAAGCUAUGGGGAGCGGUACAAGAAGACAGACUACUCAGUCUUCUUUGGGUUCAACAUAUCACAGAUCCGGAUCACCCUCCACAAGCCUGACCUGCUGUACCGCGCUGAGCUGAGGAUGCGUGCCUCUGGCCAGAAACAGCGCUUGGAGCUUUACCAGGAACAGCAGCACUCUAUCAUCAAUACCUCCUCCUGGUACUACCUGGAUGGGCGCAUGGUAACAUUGAAGAGCGAGAAGGAGUGGCUUUCAUUUGACGUCACCUCUGUCCUCCGGGAGUGGCUCGCAAGUAGAGAGCCUCUGGGGAGAUUCCGCCUUAGUGCCCACUGUUCGUGUGAAAGCGCUCUCAAUAACCUGAAAGUGGAAAUAGAAGGCCUAAAAGAAAGGAGGGGUGACCAGCAACGAAUCAGCGCGGCCAAACUGCAGCCUCCCUACCUCCUUGUGAUGGCAAUGCCCCCUGAGCGGGCAGAACACCUGCAAAAUCACCGGCAUAAGCGUGCGGCAGGCAUGGACUACUGCAGCCAGUCGCCAGAGGAGAAGAACUGUUGCGUGCGGCGUCUCUACAUCGACUUCCGUAAGGACCUGAAGUGGAGGUGGAUCCACGAACCGAAGGGCUACUAUGCCAAUUUCUGCAUGGGGCCUUGUCCCUAUCUCUGGAGUUUAGACACUCAGUACAGCAAGGUCCUAUCUCUGUACACCCAACACAACCCGUCUGCUUCAGUCACUCCCUGCUGCGUCCCAAAUGAGCUUGAGCCUUUGGGGAUCGUGUACUAUGUUGGCCGCCAAGCCAAGGUGGAACAACUUUCCAACAUGGUGGUCAAAUCAUGUCGAUGCAGCUGAGAAAAUGGACUCGUGGACUUGGGACGUCUAUUCUGGGCGGGUUGGAAUCCAAGUGGAGAAAGGGCCAGGACUGGAGCUGAGAGGAACACAGGCUACCCUUUCUCUCUCACAAAACCUUUUUUUAACAAAACCUCAUUCAGCGAGAUUUAUUAUUAUUUCAUUAUUUUAUUUUGUAAAUUUGUGUGUGUGUGUUUUGUGGGGGGGGUGUUGAAAAUCUUUUAAUUCUUUUUAAUUAUUUUGCUUCAUAUGUUGAGAGAGAAUUAUUUAAAGAGGCUGUCUCUUCUCCUCCUCCCCCCGGGGUCACCCUGUACCAAGAAAAAGAACUGUUAUUUUGGGUGGGAAGGAAGAAAAGAGCGCCCCGCUCUCCUGCCAUAAAGAAUGUGUUGAAAGAAUAAGCUGGCACUUGAAUUUUUAACACCAGUGGAAGGAAUGGAUGGAAGGGCAUCCAAGAAUCUCUCUGCAUGAGAAUGGAACAGUCUAGUUGGGGUCAUGGGACAUAAAAGGGGUCAAAGGCACUGAACGUCACGAGAUAUCAAGGUUUGGAAUGAUGUCCAGCAGAGCAUAGUUAAGAUUUCAGUAAGUCAGAACUGCUUUCCUCUGGAUGGUAUAAAGUGCCCAAGGAGGGUUAGGGUCACCCCAUGAUGAUAACUUGAAGGAUCCUGUUGGCCCUUUGUCCACCAAGAGGAUGGCGGAGGGGGAGACGUCUCCUUUUGUAUGUUUCAGAAGCAGGACUCCACCCACUGUCAGAGCUCCACCCACAUAUUAGUUAACUCAGCUUCCCUCAGCCUGACACUGACAAUUGGUUGACCUCUUAUGUGCUCUGCUCUGACUCCGUCCUCUGGCUCUUUUCUGGGAGACAGUUAAUAGCUGCCAUUUAUUCUACAUGAAGAUAUCUCUUGCAACAUAUGGGAGCAUGUAAAGUGAAACAUAGGGGGAGCUCCUAUGGUGCAAGUGACUCCUCCCACCAGUUACUUGUCUCCAUCUUCUGGCUACUUAACUCCGCCUCCUCUGCCAAAGACUCCACCAACUGCUGUCUUCCCCGCUGAAAAAGGAUGAUGGAACAGGAAAGGGCAACAAGGACUAGGGGCCCCUCCAGACUGGUGGUUUUUGGAGUUUUUUUGCAGGUGCAUUCUGCAACAUGUUAUUGAUGUUAUAAUAGUGCAUUACCGGUGGAUUUAUACUGGACCGUCCACACAUCAUUCCGCUUUAUUCGUUGUUCUAUGAUGCUUCUCCAACAUUACUACAUUAUUGCCACCUGGUGGAGGGUCUUGCCACUAUACCACAACAAAAGCGGGACACAAAAUAAGUCAGAACAUUUGUGGCAUUAAAAGUUACAGGACUUCAGCAGGAUGUGAUGGGACAUGCACUGAUUGGAAACAAAGCAAUAUGACUGCCCUGAAACCUUUGCAGGAAUAAACAGUAUUGAAAGCAGGAUCGCAUAGAACCACUUCAAUACCACCAUGAGCACAAAAUCAUGAAUGGACUAUAAAAGGGACAUCUGGAGGGGCCUUGGAUUUCUUGUUGGGAUGUAGGUGUUUUUGCUCUCACUCAGUGCUACGUCAGCGAUGUCACUGUCAUUUUUGAGUGUAAUAUUAAAUAAGAUUUUUCAC